CUCGAACAACAUCGAUACCACAUACGAACUUAUGAAAAAGUUGCAGAGAGUGCAAAAGUCAUUAAAGGGAGAUAAUAUUGCAAGCACUGGGUCGUACUGCAGCUUCGCGAUCUCAUUUCCCUCACCACAUGCACCUUAUCUUUGAAGCUAUAUUCGUUCAUAUUUCAACCCAUUUUCUGCUAAUAUGGACCCAUCAACACUAAAUUUAUCAUCUUAUGAUCCAAGCACAUUCCCCGCUUUGCCUCCUCCAGCGGGUGUGCUGCCAGACUUCAUUGACCCACCUACGAGAGCUCCGGCAGGAAGGAUCGUCAUCUGCGUUACAUUGUCAGUCAUGCUCAUAUUUGUGAUACUACGAGCAUACACCAGAAUAUUUAUGACACGCUUGUUCGGUAUAGAUGAUUACCUUUGCCUAGUAUCAGCUGCUAGUGUCACCAUUGCCAGCGCAUUCCUACUAUCCAUUCUCGGCGAUCCCCUUGGGCCACAUCAGUGGAAUGUCCCUUUGACAGCCAUUACCCACAGAUAUGCAGUGAACUCUAUCGUGGCAGUGUGCAUGUACGCUGUCAGCUCCAUGUUCACCAAAUGCACGCUACUCGCAUUUUACCUGCGGAUGUUUGGACCUAAACAGACGGCAAGAAACAUGGCGUGGGCUGGUGUUGUUGUGAUUGUCAUUUUCUAUGUCGUCAGUCUCAUUUUCCUACUGAUUCAAUGUAUUCCGGUGGACAAAGGGCUUCCUGGUGUCGACCCAAUGAAAUGGGAGGAGCGAGCAAGCAACAAUCGCUGCGGACGGCGGAGCAUCGACGUUUCCGCCGCACAAGGAAUAUUCGGCGCUGCCGCGGACCUCUACGUUCUUGCAAUACCCAUAAACUCCGUUCUUGCUCUCAAUCUCCCAAAGAAGCGUAAAGUCGGAGUUUUGGGUAUUUUUUUGACCGGCCUGCUGGCUUGCAUGUGCUCUGUUGUAGCUGCGUAUUAUCGCUGGCGGUUGCGAGACACAAAUGACUACACGUGGGACUCUGUCCUUCUCUGCUCUCUGGCGUCGGCCGAGCUCAACAUGGGCAUCAUCUGUAGCUGCAUGCCGAUAGUAUUUGUGGUAUUCAGGGGCUCUACGACUAGCAGCCCAUGGAGUUCCCUUAUGCGAUAUCUUAGGACUCGAGGCCGACACAGCGCAGUCACGGACUCCAACGAGCCCAAAGACCUUGGUUUCAGGCUUUCAGACGAGGGGCCAGCACUGCCACAGUUCCAGCACAAAAUAUCUACGAGCCCUCGUACCCUCGUUCAUGAGACUCACCACUCGCAGCCGCUUCAGAGUGUCACUGUGAGGACCGAGGUGUCGACUUACAGAAGCCUCGCCUCCAUGGACGAUGCAUAUCAUGAGCAGUUGAAACGCACCUACCUGGACAGCUAUCAGACCAAUCACCGUACUCCCAUGGGGUAUCCAUCACAGGAGCUCUAUCUGGCUGGGAUUUCUGCGGUUGGCCGAGCGAUCUGAAACAUUGCACUCACUCACCACAGUACUAAGCCAUAUCUGGGAAGCAACAAAUUUUGAGAACAGGCUGGAAUUGAACAGCAUCUUGAGAUUUUCAGUGAACUAUGUACACUUGAUUUUCAAAUUCCUGGUCACAAGCCGCCAGUAUCGAUCUCAGCAAUGGCAGCCCACUCUAAGGUGACCGGACCUAACAGCCCAUACUCAUAGGGCCCUUGUGUGGCAUAACUGCUCUGCUGGGCCGAUGCAACCUGGCCCCAGACCUGGACCUGGUCUGCCACGCUCUUGAUCCGGUUGAACAGCGUCGUGGUCACUUCGACCUGGAGCUCAUGCUCCUGACCCUCGGCCACGUAGCCCGAGAUGUCUACAACCGGCCGCGCCGGGUCGAUCGGGGCGAGCUGGACGCCGUCAAUACUCGCGCGGAUGGUGUUAACCACUGGACCCAGUGAGAGGAGGGCUCCGAUCCGCGAAGAAGGGCCGCUGGAGGAGGAGUUACUACUCGGUAGAGAGGGCACGGUGAAGCGCGUGGUGUAGCGCCCCACCCCGCUCACGCUCUCAAACCCGGCGCCGAGCUGCGUCCAGGGCACGAGGGCCUGGUCGGUGAAGUUGUGCAGGGUAAUGGCGGUGCCGGCCUCGACGUCGAAGCGGUCUUCUGGGGCAUGCCAGUCUUCAAUCUCGAUGUCCCAUGUGGGCAGGUCGAGCGUCGCAGGGAGGGAGACGUCGAAUGUGGUGGUCUUUCCGGAGUCGAACGUGAUGCUUGCCGAGCCGGAGGUGGUGACUGUUGCGAGGACCGAGGUGUCGCUCGAGUUGCUGCGACUGAUGAACGCAACAUUUUCACUAGAGGAGGUGACGUACGGCUUGUUGGUACUGUUCGUAUCUGAGCCGGACUUGAAUACCAGGAUGGUUG